AUAAAUUAGAUUGUGGUUAUAAAGGGUAAGUGUUACGGGAAGACAAAGAUUAUUAUUAUUAGGGAAGUCAACAUAACCUCACACGGUUUGCAGUGACUGUCAUUGUCUUCAACAUUAUCGUCUACCUUGGUAUUGAUACUGCCAUGGACGUUUCCGAAAACAACUCGCCUCAUGGGAAAAAUGAGAUCAUCAUCCAGAAGUUGACAAAGGCCAAGGAGUUUAAGCUGAAGGGCAACACACAUUUCAAGCAGCAACAAGUGAAGAAGGCCAUUCAGAGUUAUCAUAGUGGGCUGAUGUACAUGAAAGGCAUUGAACAGGAUAUGAAUCCCAACAAAUUUCUUGGUAGAUAUAAAUCACCUACCAUGUUGCCACAAAACCUUAAAGACGAAGUAACUGCUGUCUUCGUUGACCUGUCCAACAAUAUUGCAGCAUGUUUACUAAAACAGGAACCUGUGAGAUACGAACGAGUGAUUGAAUGUUGCAAAGAGGUGACGGAGCUUCAGCCAGAAAAUGAGAAGGGCUGGUACCGCCUCGGCCUCGCACAUUACCACCUCCAGGACUAUGAUGCUGCUAAAGAGGCUCUGAAGGAAGCAAAUAGAAUAGCAGAUGGACGGAACGCAGCAGUAAAGACCUUGAUAUCAUUGGUGGAUCAAGAACUUAAGAAAGAUAAUAAGAAGUUUAGUGACAUGUUCAGAAACAGUCUCUUAGUGAAGGGGACUUGAUAUUUGGAAGAAACGAGAAUUUCUAAAUUUUUGUGAUCUUUAAUGUGUAAGUUUCAAUCUUAGUCUUUUUUGCAAGAGCUGAAUUUCUCAAAUUUUCCAGACUAAAUUUUAUUUACCUUUACCUUUGUGUAAGUAACUAAAUCAAUAUGCUGUACUAAGUUAUCAUAUGGCUCAUUACAUCAAACAGAAAUGAUUGAUAUACUUCAUAAUAUACUUUGUGGAAUCGUUUACAAUACCAGGUAAUCAUUGGCCUUUGUGAACUGAAAUAAUGUCUGUACAGUAUAACAUGUGCUAAAUGUCCAAUAUGAAGAAAUUAUGAAACCAUGAAUAUAUUUGGUGUAUUUGUAAUGCUCAUUAAUAACAACUUUGAUAGCUUUAAACCUUAAACUUUGAAAGCUUUAAACCUUUAAAAUGAAAAACAUGUUGAUACUUUAUUUAGUUUGAAUUAUAAAAGUAUUGUAAUGUAGUACCAAUGUGUGAAUUAAUUGGGAAACUCCUUAUUAUAGCAGGAAAGGGCGAGGUGAUUUGAGACCUGAACAUUACCUCUGACUAGUCAACAAUUUACCCUAUAGUACAGUAAAUCCUACCCUGAUCUGGCAUGUUGUAAAUAUUUCUACAAGACACCCUCAAAUAUUAUGGGGAUUCUGUUUUAGAGAAGAAAUGCUAAAGCCAAAACUUAGAUAUUUAACACUUAAACCUUACCUGAGUCAUGGGGUCAGGUGCCUGGACUCUGUAGCUGGUGGGUAAUUGGAUGAUGUAGACCUGGUAGUGGUGGCACUGCUGUCAAACCUUUUUAAAACUUAUAAUGAUUGCUUGCAUCACUAUAAUCUUCUAGGUUCAAGUAGGUCUCUUUAUAGGGUACCAUAGUAGCCUCCAGUGCCUAUUUAGAUAUGUUUUACCCUGUGAAGAGAUCAGUCCCAAUGCCUUAUCAUCAGCCAGAACCUUGUCCAUCUGUCUCCUCUGCCACCAUUUUGAAUGUUAUUAGUUUCAUCACCUCUUCCUCAUCGUCACUCUGUCAGUGCUCUAUAGUAUAAGCUCUUCCCAAUCUUCUGUUAAGUCCUCUUGGUGAAAUUGCUGGAGUUCCUCUAAUUCUUGCCCUGGGAUAUCCUCAAAAUCUUCUGCAACUUUAUGAUUCGUUAUCGCAUUUCAUAUAACUUCAUCAACCAUCAAAGAAAAGUCCUGAAAGUUGUUCACUACCUCACUCCACAACUUCCUCCAAUAUCAUGUUGUAGGCUUACUAUCUUCAAGAGAAUCCUUAUGUUAUUUGUACAAGGAGUGACUUGAACAUUGCAAUGAGAUGCUGUUCUAUAGGCUGGAGGAGGGACAUGGUAUAUGUUGGUAAGAACACAAUAUCUACAUUUAGGUGAGCAAAUUGAAGGUUUAUGGGGUGGCCAGGAACAUUAAACAAAAUUGGCAGCGCUGUGAAUGUGAAAGAAUUUUGUAGGUCAAUCUGAUCAUUCCUAAAUAACUGCAGUUCAUAAAAUAAAAUUGCUAUCCACAUCUAUGAACAUUGUACUGUAUUAAGUUGGUGUUUCCCAUAUUCAAAGAAUAAGAUAAAUGAAAUUUUUUAUUAAACACAUAUAUUAUGUCUACAGUAUACAUUUAGUUAAUAUCUUUUAACACGUCUUCAGGUAACUGAAGUACAGUAUCAUACUCAAAGUAAUUAAAUUUUCAGUGAAGAUUGUAAGUUUAAUGAAGUGCUUCAUUUCUUGUGUUUUCAAGGGGGCAAAAUUAGUGUAAGCAAAAGAUCACAAAAAAAUACUUCACACAAGGGAUACCUUCUGUCACCAAAUAUAAUAUUUGUUAUUUUGCCAAGUUUUAACAAUAUAUGGCAAAGGGUUUUUGUGUAUAGGAAGUAAAUUAAUCUUUGAAUUCAUUCAAUGUUAAUAUUGCAAAACUUUGAAAGGAAUUUACUAAAUUCUAUUAGAUCUUGUUAUACUGAAAGUGAAUGAGGUGUUUGCCUCCUGAGGAAAAAGAACUUAAGCAAAUGAAAAACAAUUUAAUUAACAAAACAAUGAUAAUCACCUUAUAUAUCUUGCAUUUCUAUGUAUUGUCAUGAUAAAACCUGGCUGGGAAAAUAUUUUAAAGUAUGA